CUUUCAGAGUGAUAUCUAGAGCUUCAUCAGAAGCCAAAAAAUGGCGCUCUCAACGGCCAAAUUCACCGAAUUACAGCCGCAUUUCUUCUCCACCUUCUCAUUUCCCCGCCGCAAACCGCCGUGUUUCCACCGCCUCCUAUUCAAACCUCUCUAUUCCUCUCUCCGUCCCACCAAAUUGCCCCACACGCCUCCCGGAAAGCCCAGUAUUCCCCAAAAACCGUCUACCUGGAUUAAAAAAUGGCCGUCUCCUCCACCGGCACCGCCGCCGCGCUCCAAAGCGGCUCCGAAGAAGCCAGAACCGAAGCCGGAAACAAUCCGUGGAGGUACCACGGCGAUUGAUCGAAUUGUUCUCCGCCUCCGGAAUUUAGGUUUAGGCUCCGACGAGGAGGAUGAGGAGGAGGAAGGGGGAGAGUUAGGUUUGGAUUUGGAGAAUGGUGAUUUGAAUUCGAUUGAUUCGGUGGAUGCGGAAUUCGGCGAUGAGAAAUUGGGGGAUUUGCUGAAAAGAGAUUGGGUUAGGCCGGACACGAUUCUGGUGGAGGAUGAGGAUUUGGAAGCUGAAUCACUGCUGCCGUGGGAGAGGGGCGCGAUUGAGGAUGAAGAAGUGGUGGAGCAUAAAGGUGGGGUGAAGAAGAGGACAAUGCGGGCGCCUUCUUUGGCGGAGCUGACGAUUGAAGACGAAGAGCUGAGGCGGCUGCGGAGAAUGGGGAUGGUUUUGAGGGAGAGGGUGAGUGUUGCCAAGGCUGGAAUCACCGCUGCGGUUUUGGAGAAGAUACAUGAGAAAUGGAGGAGGUGUGAAUUGGUGAGGUUGAAGUUUCAUGAGGAGUUGGCGCAUGAUAUGAAGACUGCUCAUGAAAUAGUUGAGCGCCGGACAGGAGGCCUAGUCACUUGGAGAUCUGGAAGUGUUAUGGUGGUGUAUAGAGGAGCUAACUACGAAGGCCCUACGUUAAAGCCACAGAGAGAAAACAGUGAACAUGAUACUCUUUUUAUCCCUGAUGUUUCCUCUCCUGGCGAUUCAGCAACAAAAAGUAGUGAUGGAAAGACUCAGGUUCUUGUGAAGUCCAAUCCAGUUACACCUAACCGUGUCAAGAACCUUACAGAAGAGGAAAUUGAGUACAAUGCUCUAUUAGAUGGUUUGGGUCCACGGUUUGAAGAUUGGUGGGGAACUGGGGUGCUUCCUGUUGAUGCUGAUCAACUCCCUCCGACUAUUCCUGGAUACAAGACACCGUUUAGGCUUCUUCCUACUGGAAUGCGCCCACGACUAACCAAUGCUGAGAUGACCAACUUACGGAAGCUUGCUAAGUCGCUUCCUUGCCACUUUGCCCUUGGAAGAAAUAGAAAUCAUCAAGGUUUAGCUAGAUCCAUUGUUAAGCUAUGGGAGAAAAGUUUAAUAGUGAAAAUUGCUGUGAAGCGUGGAAUCCAGAACACAAAUAACAAAAUUAUGUCCGAGGAACUGAAGGCAUUAACAGGGGGAGUCUUACUUCUAAGAAACAAAUAUUUCAUUGUUAUGUACCGCGGGAAGGAUUUUCUUCCUCCCACUGUGGCUAGUGCCUUAGCCGAGAGACAGGAAAUGACAAAGCAAAUACAAGACGUUGAAGAAAAGGUCAGGGGAGGACCUGUACCCAUGCCAGUAUCCGAAGAGAAGGGAGCUAUGGCAGGCACUUUGGCAGAGUUUUACGAGGCUCAGGCUCGAUGGGGAACGGAAGUAUCUAGUGAAGAACAUAAAAAGAUGCUAGAAGAGGCCUCCAGAGCCAAACAUGAGAGAGUAAUCAGGCGACUUGAACACAAACUUGCCAUUGCUCAGGCAAAGAAGCUCAAAGCAGAGAAACUGCUAUCUAAAAUAGUGGAGUCUUGGCUUCCAGUAGAUCCUUCAGAUGACCAGGAGACAAUUACAGAUGAAGAAAGAGUUAUGUUCCGUAAGGUUGGAUUACGGAUGAAACCAUACUUGCCACUUGGUAUUCGUGGUGUUUUCGAUGGUGUUAUUGAGAACAUGCAUCUGCACUGGAAACAUAGAGAGGUUGUAAAGCUAAUAUCAAAGGAAAAGGAACUUGCUUUUGCUGAAGAAACUGCGAGACUUUUGGAAUAUGAAAGUGGUGGUAUACUAGUGUCAAUCGACAGGGUUCCAAAGGGUUAUAGCUUGAUUUACUACCGUGGAAAGAACUAUCGCCGCCCUAUCACUAUAAGACCGAGAAACCUUCUGACAAAAGCGAAAGCACUGAAGCGUAGAAUGGCCUUGCAACGAUAUGAGGCUCUCAGUGAGCAUAUAGCUGAAGUGGAGAAAACAAUAGAGCAAACCAAGCAGGAAAUUGGCAAUCCUGCAAAACUGGAGAAAAGCGAUCUUUGGAAGUCGGAGGACAACGACCAGUAUUCUAAUGUUUCAGAACUGAGUGAAAGCGAGGAUGAGGGUUUGGAAGGUGAUGAAGACGAAGAUGACUGGGAUUUGGAGGAUGACGAAGAAGAUUCUGAUUUAUCGAGUCUUUGAUGCUUAGGCUUUUGCCUAAAAGAGUUGGCUAACCAAAAGUGGUGCCGGUGCACAAAGACUUACUCGAAGAUGGAAGAGUGGCGCUAGACGAGAACGAAUCUGCCUUAUCACAGAACUGCCCUCCAAUUUUUCUGUUGAGGAUUUUUAUGCGUUUGGAGGCAUUGUACAGCGGUUAUCUAUCAAAUCAACACUUUGGAAGCUUAAAUUCCAAACCAGGAAGAUGAACUUCAAACAAUGUAAAAUGUAUAGUUGUUGUACAACUACUUGUAACUAAUUCAAUAGCUUGGUUUCAUUUUA